AUGAGCCCGUUAUAUUUUGUGGUUGUUGUUACUGCUGAUUCUGGAAAUCGUUUAGCCGUGGAGCCGCAGCAAGUUGCUGCUGCCAACAAUCUCUCACUUUCUCUUAUAUGUCUAUUCGUCCCUUCUUUCUUUAAUUUCGUACUUUUCCUUCCGAUUUUUCUGCUGCUACUGUUCCUUUACACUUUCUUUCGCACUCGAACUGCAAAAUUCUCCUCCCACUUCUUUCCUCCCUAUCCGAAGAUUGUCAAGUCACACACUACUUUUACACCCUUUUCUCACCAUACAUCAAGAAGGUGGUCUAUUCCUAUUUUUUGUACCUUCUCCUUUCCCCCCCUCUUCUUUUUAAUUUUAUUGUUUUUUCCUCUUCCUUCUCCUCGGCAUUCCCAUCUUUUUUUUAUCCCCCUCUUUUCACGAACUUCUUUUUCUCCUUCAACUCUUUCAUCUUCAUUUUUCACAUGUGCCUAUCCAAUACAUAAUUGUCUACUACGACUAGGCGACAAAACUGAUCAGACUGAGGUCACAGCAGCAAUUAUCCAGGUGUGGAUUACUGCUGGAGAUUUGUGUCUCCAAAUAUAG